AUGUCGAUGAAGUACCUUGCCGCGUACGCCCUGGCGUCGCUGAAGAACCCCACGCCCACGGUCUCUGAUGUGGAGGCCAUCUGCAAGGCGACCGGCGUUGCCGUCGAGGCNACAGUCAUGUCGAUGAAGUACCUUGCCGCGUACGCCCUGGCGUCGUUGAAGAACCCCACGCCCACGGUCUCUGAUGUGGAGGCCAUCUGCAAGGCGACCGGCGUUGCCGUCGAGGCGGACUCCCUCGCCUUCGUGAUGGAGUCUGUUGCGGGGCGCAGCGUCGCUCAGCUCGUGGCGGAGGGCGCGGCGAAGAUGAGCACCGUUGCCGCUGCUGCUCCCGCUGCCGGUGGUGCCGCCGCUGCUCCCGCCGCCGCUGCUGCUCCUGCUGCUGGCAAGAAGGAAGAGAAGGAGGAGGAGGAGGAGGACGACGACAUGGGCUUCGGUCUCUUCGACUAA